CAAGCACGGCAUGCCAGAGCUAGUCAAACAAUUCUGCCAGUUAGCUCUAAGAGAGAAUUUGAAGUUAGCUGAGUAAUGGAGAAUAAAAAUGAAAAACCAAUGGUCUCUCUGUUUGAGGGCAUUUACUAUCUAUGGCAACAGUCUGCCCAAGAACUUGUCCCUAAGGACACCAAGUUCUUUCUGGGAAAGGUUGUGCACCAACAACAGAAUCUCAACAGAUUCCGAGGAGUCUCUGGUGGGUCUGUUGGGGUAAGGAAAGACAGGAGGCCGGCUUGGUUGCCUUGGUUUCCAUAUGCCCACACAUGGAGACGGUAACCUGGACACUGUGCACUGAUUGUGUGCUCACAAUGCAGACAGGCAGGUUAAAAGGCGGCACCUCUUCCUGCGGCCAUCACUUCUUGGAAGUGAGAUUGUGACGGACGAGGUAGGAUGAGGCUUUUCUCCAAUGCAUACUGUGAACUGUCGAUCUAGCUGCACAUUCGUUAGUCAAAUGAGACCAGUGAAUAAGAGAAUGUUUAAAUUUGCCUUCCUUUCAACAGGCACGCAAUGUGUGCAGCAGAGUCACAAAAGGAAAAUUCAACUGAGAAGAGCCAAGCGGAAGCAGAAAGUGGCAGAAGCUCACUGCCACCAGCACUGGCCACUCAGCCUGGGAGCCAGACAGACAUUUCUCUGAUGGAAGUGUCCAGCGUGAAACGGGGGAGGGCAAUCUUUGAGAAGAUGUCCUCAGGCAAUGGACAGACCACCAACACUGAAGGGGGUGGCUGCAAAGCUGUAGGAGGACUUCCAAAAGAGAGCCCUCCCAACACCGGCAAUACACUGAUGGAAUUCCAGGAGAAUGUCUCCUUGAAAGACAGAAUGGCUCUGUAUCAGGCUGCGGUGUCAAAGGCAGAGAACAGCAACCGCUUUGCCAAUACCUCAGAGGAAAUCAAGUCCUGCACUGUGCCUGGGGGCCUGGCUGCAGUGAUGAAACACUUUGAGAAUGGGCAGAUGACCCCUUCAAUGACCACCUUUGCUCACUCCCAGCACCAGCGCAAAGCUGCAGAGGAGACCUCGGCUACCACUCAGCUCCCACUAUCAAGCAGCACCAGGGAAGCUGAGUGCAGUGCAACUGCCACCAAAGAAGCCCCACUGGAAGCCUUUCAAACCCCAGAGUAAGCAAUGCAGCUAUGGACGUGGAGGUCCCAAAGACUUCCACAGAGGUUUGUGACCAUCAGAUGGAAAGGACAGCAGAGGACAGUGCUGUUCCCCUAGACACAGAGACUGCAACAUCUGUACAAGAUGGCAAGUUUCUCAGAUGCACAGAAACUCUCAACCUGAGGAAAAAUGAAGACAAGUGUCAAAAUGCUGAGGGCUAUCUGGACCAGACAAUUCCACUGGCACUGCCGAGGGAAGCACUGCGCCAGCCCAAAAGCACCAUGCCGUCUGCUCUUGCCAGAAUCAGAGCCAUGAAUGCAAUCAUCAAGAGCCAUGCACAUUCUGUAAGACGGCCACGUCACCUAGGAGCUGCUGGGCUGCCAGUUCAAAGUGUCUGUGAACAAGAAAACCCAGAGGUUCAAAGGGGUGACAUCCAUUCAGAGGAGAUGCUCCCUAAGCCUAGGGAGCCACAGAUGAGGGAGCCACUGAGACAACCCAAAAGCAGAAGCACUUGUGCGGCUUCCAGAAUUAAGGUCAUCAAUGACAUCCACAGGAACCUAAACCAUUCUCAAAGGUGUCCACACCAGGAAGGAGCUGCUUUUCUGGUGGAGGAUGUGCAAGGGUUCAAAACAACAGAAUCCAACCUAAAGAAUGAAGGCACAAGCGUCACAGUCUAUAUGUUGUGCAGUAAUGCACAGCAAGUUGACAAUAAAGAGAUGAAAUG